AUGAGCCAUCGUUGUAGUGUGUUCAAAAACUCUUGUCUCCAAGUCCCCGUUGACCCUAUCAAUAAGAUGCCGAAAACCGCUUAUGAACGAAAACCUAAACACUUGAAUGACCAAAGUUCUUUAGAUUCACCUUCAACAGUAGGUUCUAUAACUGCACCUGACGUAGAGGCAGAAAAAUUGAAAGAUUUCUAUCGCAGCAUCCCCGACUACAAUGAAAUUAACCAUCUCACAGAAGAGGAAUUUUAUUCGACCCUUAAAUCUCUACGUGAAAAGAAAAGGGUGAUGUUAGGUAUUGCUGUGGAACAUAUUGAUUGUAAUGGAUUGCCAGACACUUCAAUAGACAUCGAUACUCCAUUUUCUAAAAUUGAAGCUGGUACUCCAUGCAGAGAUAAAGUAACUAAAUCGAAGUUAAAUUAUACUUUGAAAAAGAAAUAUUCUGAAGAAGAAAAGAAAGAUAUGGAAAAACCAAUAUAUGAUAUUGGCACUGAUAAUUUCGUAUGUACUAACAACAUUAAAAUGAAAAGAUGUCCCAAAAAGCCUUUGUCAAAAGAUAAAAGUACAAAUAAAGUAGAUGAACUUAAAGUGUUUCCAGUUAAGACUAGUUUAAUAAAAGAUAAAACAAAAUUGGAACGACCAAAAAGGAAUCAUUCGGCUUGUUCUAUAUCUUGGAAUGAUACUAAACUUCAGGUUAAGGAUGAAAUUGAUAAGAAAUUUGAGCAAUACUUUGACGGGAAGAAGUAUAGUCCUUCCAGUGUUGACUUUGAUGAGGAAUUCCAAACUCGAAGUAUGCCAUCAAGUCCGCUUAGAAUGCGUCGAAAUGUAUCCCCAUCCAGAGGCCGGAAAUCUGUAACUAUUCCCAAACCAUUCAAAAUGACGGAGAGGGACGAAGAAGAAAGGAUUGUGAGUGAGCUUCGGAGUUUACGUAAAUCAUUUUCUGAGGACAUGCUGGAUCAGAAAUGUAAACGGAAACAAUUCAAAGCCCGGCCUGUCCCCAUCGAGUCCCGGAUCCCUCUCUACGACAAGAUCCUCGAGGACCAAGCUAUGAGACGAGCAAUAACAAAAAUAAAUAGCGAGGCUGAUUUGCGAGCUCAGAUGAAACCGUUCAGUUUUACCAAAAGGGAGGAGAAAGGAGGCGUGUGCGAGAGAGUCGUCCACGCGAUGCCGAAGACCAAGAAGAAGAAGCGAUUCAAAGCCCGGCCUGUGCCAAAGAACCUAUUCUCAAACUAUUUCUAUGACAAAAUUAAGGAAGAUGAAUUUUUUCGAUCCAUGAACCGACGUAUUCGUGCAGAGGAGUUACUGCGGGCGUCCAACUACCCCGGCACCAUGGCUACGCGAGAGCGCAGUAGGCUGUCUACACCUGCGGCACACAGUGACCUUCCUAUCGAUCCUUCGCCAGCUGUCCCAUCCAUUGUGUCCACGGAUCGGCCCACCAGCCCGACGAAAAUUCGACACAGAUCCUCAAGCCCAACGAAGUGCCAGAACCAAAAGAAACGCGAUAAGUAUCAGAAGGAAGACUUCAUCACUACAAGCCCUCAACCGUUUCGCUUCAAUACAGCCGACAGAGCUGCUAAAAAGAUGCAAGAUAUAACAAAGAAAAUAUACCAAGACAGCAAAGGAACUGAAAGUGCUGGUGGCAGCGGCAAUGGAGCGCCCGGGGCCCGCGCAUAUUCUGCCCUAGACCUUCGCGCUGCGGCAUCAGGCAGGUCUAACCUGGCAGCCUUGUUGAGGGCAGAGGCAGUUAGGAGGAAGUUCGAAAUGGAGUCCGCGAGAAGACUUACAGAACAGCGCAGAAGAAUGGAGAUGAGACACCGGGAUCGUCUGCUGAGGUCCAAACCUGCAUGGCAUCUUGUGAAGAACAACCACGAGGAAGAUAUCGCAAUGCGACUGCAAACCCGAAGGGAUGAGGAAAGGAUGAGGCGGGAGGAGUUUCUUCACGAAAUGGAACUCAUGUACGGCAGGGUUCACGAUCAGCCGAUGCUCUUUGAACGGUAUUACGCACCACGACCCUACGCUGCACCAGUUGACUCCAUUCAGUUAUCUCCGAGAAAAACAUCCAAGAAACGUACAAACAAACAUAAAUCGUACCACUAUACCAGCCCUAAUCGGUCCAGAAAGGUCUCAAUUAAUGACACGGCUGAAACACUUAACGGUGAUCUUUCAGAAUACCUUAAUAAGAUUGAUGAUGAUAAAUUAUAUUCUGAUUCUGAAGUGGCAAUUGAUAGCUUAGAUAGAGGUAAAUUGUAAAAAUUAUUAAAUCAUUUCUAACACCCUCAAACUACUGUUCGCUUUUCCGAUUUUCGCAAAUCUCGCCCGUUAAGUUAAAAAUAAAAAAAAAUUAAAUUGAAGUGACGCGGAUCUUAAUGGGGAGCGACACUCUGAAACAAAAAAUUUACGAAGUUUGGUUUCUUAUGCUGAAGGCUGAUAUUGUAAGGUGUAAGCCCAAUACUUUACAAUGUUACACCACUGAUUUCACAAUUCUCAAC